UCACAUUCUACACUCAUGAUCACCUUCUUUCCAAUAUAUAUCUUUGUUUCUAUCUUCUCUCCUUCAGGAUCACCAGCCGAACUAGCCGGCCUGCGAACUGGAGACAGAGUCAUCGAAGUAGAUGGCACCAACAUCGAACGCGAAACACACACACAGGUCGUCGCCCGCAUCAAGGCCGGCGGCGGCUCCACCAGUCUACUCGUCGUAGAUAGAGAACUCGAUGCAUACUGCAGACGAAAUGGAAUCACGAUAAAAGAGAGUAUGGCGGAAAGGGGCGAGCAGGAGUCGCCGCGGUUAAACGGUGACCACCUAGAAGUUCAAGGGGAGGUGCACAUUAUGAAUGGGGAUGCCAAGGAUAUGAUGGGUGACCAUGAUGUCAUUGAGGUGAAUGUGGAAGCGCAGGAGGAAUCGGCACCAGAUAGACAAACGGAGAUAGAGGAGGAGCAUCAGUAUUCUGAGAUUCAAAGACGGGAGGAGGAAGAGGAGGUCGUAGAGGAGCAGUCAGCAGAAGUAGAAGAUGAAGAGAGGAGAGAAGUAGAGGAUGAAGUAGUCCAGGCAGAAGAAGUCAAUGUGGAAGAAAGCAUUCCAGUUCCACCCAUGGAUCGAGAUGAAGAGCCAGAAGUCAACAUUCCUGAGCCAGAACCUGAACCAAUCUUAGAAGCAGCCACCGUUCCUGAUGUGGAAUCAGCCCCACCCAUAGAUGAUGAGACGGACACUCCUGCUUUCAUUGAGGAGCCAGAGCGCCAACCGACACCGGAACCGGUUAGAGAGCCAUCGCCGGAACCAGUUCGAGAGCCGACGCCAGAGCCUGUUCGAGAGCCAACGCCUGAGCCUGUUCGAGAGCCAACUCCGGAACCGGUCCGAGAGCCAACGCCGGAGCCUGUCCGAGAGCCGACACCGGAACCUGUCCGAGAGCCGACACCGGAACCAGAGCCCAAGCCUUCUCAUCAACCUACGAGGGUCCAAGGGUCAACACAGGAUGCCACCUUGGCUGCAGUACAGUCUGAGUCUAUGCCUCCAGCCAGACCCGCCGCCCCACCCACUACAAGGCAAGCUAGUCUAAACAUCGAUAGCAACAAGUCUGGACUGGAGCUCUCCACGAUGGAAAAGGCAAGGAUACUGGCCGCAGGGAGGAAGAAGAAGAAGCAGGCGUCGGCCAAAAACUGGGAGGAUAAAUUUGCAGCGUUUAAUAAUCUAUAGGGCGUUGGUUUGCAGUGGUUUCAAUUGUACUUUGUAACAGUAUAUAUAGGUGUAUAACUUCAUGCUUCCAAUCAUCCACUAUGUGCUCACCACCGACUCUGCCUGCAUCUUUUCCCGAUAAGUCAUGUGAUCACUUUGUCACAUGAUCAGCUAAGGUCACCUGAUGCGAAACCCAAGUCAUGUGAUAAUCAUCCCAGUUCAUCUGAUGUGAAAGCCAAGUCAUGUGAUCACCCCAGGUCACCUGAUGUGAAAACCAAGUCAUGUGAUCAUCCCAAACCACCUGAUGUGAAAGCCAAGUCAUAUGAUCAUCCCAGGGCCUCUGAUGAAAAUCAAGUCAUAUUUCAUUAUGCUUGAUGUGAUAAUCUAGUCACAUACUUAUCCCAGGUCACCUGAUGUGAAUAUCAAGUCAUGUGAUAAUCCAUGGUCACCUGAUGGGAAAAUCAAGUCAUGAUUUCAUUCCAGUUCAUCUGAUGUGAAUAGCAAGUCAUGUAGUCAUCUGAUAUAGGAACUAAGCCAAGUGAUCAUCCAUGGUCACCUGAUGUGAAAAUUAAGUCACAUGAUCAUCCCUGGUCACCUGAUGUGAAAGCCAAGUCAUUUGAUUGGUUGAAGAACAAGCUGCAAUUGAUUGCAACACUUCAUUCUCCUUAGGCACCCAGAUGACAAACAAUCAAUGUUACAGAGGUCAACAGAUCCAGGGGGGCGUUUCAUGAAAGGACUUGUCGGACGUUUUAUCCGACAAGUCCCAUUUUAUCCGACAGUUACCAAAGGAACAGUGCCUCUCAGCCAAUCAAAAUCAUGGAAAGAUGUCAGAUCUGACAACUUGUCGGAUGAAAAUAUUGAUGAAACCAUCCCCAGGAUUUGCUAUACUCUAGUUGAUAAUGAACAUUUCCCUUUGAUAAAAAGCGCCCUCUUUUGUCAGAAAACCAGGGUCCCAUUUCAUAAAGACUUUUUGUGGUAACAAUCGCAGAAUUUCUACAACAAAUUUACCAUCAGCCAAUCAGAUUGAAGGAUUUCAGUAGCUUUUAACUGUUAUUGCAAAUUGUUUCAUGAAAUGGGGCCCAGUACAUCAUAUUCAGAUUACAACUAGUACAUAUCAUACACAAUAUCACAGUACUUAAAAGCAUAUGUUACUUGUUGUGAAUUAUAUAUUAUAGUUGAGAACUAUUUUACAGCGUAUUUUAUUCAAAGGAGAUGUCAGAUAUACACAUCUAUUUAGUUUUAUUAUGUAGAGCUUUGUAUAAAUGACUAGACUAGGGGUCAAAACCUUUUGAUGACAUUUGUUAGGUUUUAUCUAUGAAAGGUGUACUUGUAGCUCCCUUCUCUUUUACAUGCAUUUUACUUGGUUACGAGGUGAUUUCUAUUAUAUUAUUUAAUACUGGAUCAUCAGCCUUGCAAAUCUUUUCACGCUUUUCUUGUUGCGCGUUUACACUUUGCUGCUUUAGCAUUCAUGUGAAAAAAAUCUUUAAUUAAAUGCCCCAUACUUGGUCUGAACUUGGGUUUAAUUUAAACCCUGGCCUAAAUUUGUGGUUGAAUUAUGGGUAGCCAGUUGUGACAUAAAUCUUCAACAAUACAGGCUCGAUUCGUCAGCUUAUCUUGUACUCGGGUCAUUCAUAAGUGUGUAGGAAUGAUUACUGAAUUAGUUUUUCUUCGCCAUUGUAACGUGAAGAGAGAGCACAGUGAAAGGAAUAACAAGUAAAAAACGUUAUCAAAAUCUUGACAGCAUUUGGCUUCCCAUACUUUUAGCACUGGGUUGGAUCACGGGCUAUAAAGUUGAAAUGGACAUAGAUAAAAAUAUUGGCCUUAGUCUGUGUACUGUAUUUUAGUUCAUUGGCCUGUAUUCUGAAGUCAGAUUUAACUUUGAGUAUGGUCUAACUCUUGUGCUGAAAUUAUGGAAAGCCAAAAAAUGUCAACAUUUUCCUUACAUUGUAUGUUUCAUAUGCUUACUUUGCUCUUACCUUUACUCAUGAAUGGUGAAGGAAGCUAUCCUAUUCAUCCUUCGGAAAUAGUUCAGAAUGAGUUGAGAGAAAGAUGAGCUGAUAAUGUUAACCUCUACAGUCAGCGAUGUGCUUCACAAUUGGCUAUCCAUAGUCAUACCACAAUUGGCUAUCCAUAGUCAUGCUUCACAAUUGGCUAUCCAUAGUCAUACCACAAUUUGAAAACCAGACUUGAGAUUAAACUCAGUUUAGAAUGUGGGCCAUAGUUUCCUGCAACUUUAACCCUGCAUGCUAUUGAAAUGUACAUAAACCUCGUAAAAAAAAACAAUGAAAUAGACAUGAUUAUGUGUCAAAACUGCAUUCCUUUCAAUUUCCACCUCAAUUUUUGUUUGAAAUUCUAGUUUCCUUUAGUCUUUCUGCACCAUUUGUUUACAUAUCUACUUCAAGGAAUGAUGGCCUUCACAUUAGUUUUUGUUUGAUGAAAUUUUAGUAUGCUUUAGUUAUUCUUUCUGUGCCAUUUACAUGUAUAUUGUUCAGUAAGUUGAUCGACUUAGGUGAUUUUUCGACAUAAAAAUGUCGGCUUAUACACUGAACUUAAAUACAUGAGUCUAUGGGGAAAAUUGGGACUUUUCUUUUCUUUUGACUCAUACAAGUUUUAGAAUUGCCCAAGGUCAACUUAGGCAGAGUGUACUGUAUCUACAAAUCUGCAUAAAAAACUAUUCGUGUUUGUGUUUGCCGCCACAGGUGAUCGCAUGUUGUUUGCAUGUGCUGUAAUUAGGAACUUGCAUGAAACUGUAGAGGGCGCUACUGUAGUAUUUGCUACCAUGACUUGGGGAAUCUUACCUCUACUCAACAGACUUUAAUUCUCUCUGCCUAAAAUUCUAUCAAUCUACUGAAUUUUAUGAUUAUAAGAAUAUAGGGGUAGUGAGCUCUCACAGUUAAUCAGUUUUUGACAUUUUUGGGGUGAAUAUUAUUAGCCUAUGAAAUUAAAAAGCAAGAUAUGAGUAAAGGCAAGGCAUUUAUAUAUUAUGUUUUGCUUGACUUAUGAAUGUUUAUGAAAAGUGUUUGUGAAAAAUCCAGAAAUCCAGUUCUUUGUUUUUAGUUCCCCGUACCCUUUAGUACUCGAGCAAUAGUAAAGUCAUAUAGAAUGACAUAGACUGCACUGUAUAUAUAUAUGAAAUUUAGAACACAGUUUAAGCAAUAGAAAAAUAUAAUAUUUACAGUCUAUAGAUGUAAAAUCUAUAUAAAAAAAAUAAAAUUCUUGAAAUAUGUGUGUUAACUGUUCAAUUAAGUGUGAUUUUUCGAUGCAUGUAAUUGUUUUGAUUACAAAACAGAGUUGUAUAUGACAAUACGAAGUUAUAAUUAAUUAUAGAUAUUUUUCUACAAAUUCAAACUAUGGAUCAUGAAUAAGUACUAUUUUUCACCUUUUUUUGUUUCUUCCCUGCAGCCUUUGUUAGUGUUAGAUGAAAUAAUUUGAAUAAUUUCUUAAUAAUUAAUUGCAGUACUUUGAUAUGUACUCACCUUUUUUCUAUCAUGUAUAUGGGGAUAGAUCAGUUUGGUUGAAGCAGUAAAUGUAUCCAAUGUA